UAAAAAUAAGUAAUAAGGUCAAAAAACAAGUAAACCAUAAAAAAUGCCGAUAAAGGAAUGAACGAGCAACAAUAUGAAAUAGAAAACGACGCCGUUAUAGUAUAUCGGCAACAAAUUUAAUUUUAUCCCUCUGUAGUGUCGCACCUUCGUACAUAACACGCUAACUUCAUUUAUUUUAAUUUUUUUUUCUCCUUCAAGAAAUUGAGAUUGUAAUAGACAGACAAAGAGAGCGAGAAAAUAAAAAUGGUACUUCUAGUCUUAUUACAUUAGUAUUCCUUUGAUGGACAACAACGAUGGGGGUGCAUUUGUCACUUCUCCCUAAACCCUAAUUUCCUCAUUCUCCUUAAAUAUCCACCCUUUCUUACGUCUUCGGAUUUCGAUUGAUUCUUCCUUCAUCGGCAUCCUCAGAGCUAAGUUGUUUGCACUAUAUGCUUCCAAGAAAGAGAGCUGGUGAAGGUGAGGUAGUUGACGGUACAACAACUUCUUGCGCUUUAAAAAAGUCUCGCAUUGAAGGAUCCACGUCGGCAGCGUCAAAUUCUGUUGAGAAUACGAAGAAUAGUUUGAAUUCUGUUGAGAACACCGUGGGUAAUACUGAAGUUACAAUCACCAUGGCCAUGGGCGAUGGUAAUCCGAUGGAUAUUGAUGAGGAUUUGCAUAGCAGGCAGUUGGCUGUGUAUGGGCGUGAGACUAUGAGACGCCUUUUUGGUUCUAAUGUGCUCGUUUCAGGGAUGCAAGGCCUCGGAGCUGAAAUAGCAAAAAAUCUUAUCCUUGCUGGUGUCAAAUCUGUCACCUUGCAUGAUGAGGAGAAUGUGGAGUUAUGGGAUUUAUCCAGCAAUUUUGUUUUCUCCGAGGAUGAUGUCGGGAAAAAUAGAGCACUUGCAAGUGUGCAAAAGUUGCAAGAACUGAACAAUGCUGUGCUUGUCUCAACUCUGACAACUAAACUGAAGAAGGAACAUCUUUCUGAUUUUCAGGCUGUUGUAUUUACUGAUAUCAACUUGGACAAAGCUCUUGAAUUCAAUGAUUACUGCCACAGUCAUCAACCACCUAUUGCUUUUAUCAAAGCUGAAGUUAGGGGGCUCUUUGGCAAUGUAUUUUGUGACUUUGGACCUGAGUUUACUGUUCUUGAUGUUGAUGGUGAAGAGCCACACACUGGUAUCAUUGCUUCAAUCAGUAAUGACAACCCCGCUCUUGUAUCAUGUGUGGAUGAUGAAAGGUUGGAGUUUCAGGAUGGUGAUCUUGUUGUGUUCUCCGAAGUUCAUGGAAUGCCGGAACUCAAUGAUGGCAAGCCAAGAAAGGUUAUAAAUGCAAGGCCAUAUUCGUUCUCUAUUGAGGAGGACACCACAAACUAUGGUAUCUACCAAAAAGGAGGUAUUGUGACACAAGUUAAGCAGCCAAAAGUUUUGCAUUUCAAGCCUUUGAGAGAAGCACUUAACGAUCCUGGGGAUUUUCUUUUGAGCGACUUUUCAAAGUUUGAACGACCACCUUUACUGCAUUUGGCUUUCCAGGCUUUAGACAAGCUUGUGUGUGAGUUAGGACGCUUUCCCAGUCCUGGUUCUGAAGAGGAUGCACAGAAGUUGAUAUCUGUAGCUGGUAAAAUGAAUGAGGCCUUAGGUGAUAGUAGGCUAGAUGAUGUCAACCCAAAGCUUUUGCGCCACUUUGCUUUUGGGGCUAAGGCUGUACUGAAUCCAAUGGCUGCCAUGUUUGGUGGUAUUGUUGGACAAGAAGUUGUGAAGGCUUGCUCUGGAAAGUUCCAUCCUCUUUUUCAGUUCUUCUACUUUGAUUCAGUUGAGUCACUUCCCACUGAGCCACUGGAAGCUUCUGAUCUUGUUCCAAGAAACAGUCGUUAUGAUGCUCAAAUUUCGGUUUUUGGAUGGAGAUUCCAAAAGGAGUUAGAAGAAGCUAAAACAUUUGUAGUUGGAUCUGGUGCCCUUGGGUGUGAAUUUUUGAAGAAUUUGGCUUUGAUGGGAGUUUCCUGCGGUAGCCAAGGAAAACUAACAGUAACAGAUGAUGAUGUGAUUGAAAAAAGCAAUCUCAGCAGGCAGUUUUUAUUCCGUGAUUGGAAUAUUGGACAGGCCAAAUCCACUGUUGCUGCUGCUGCCUCUACAUCGAUAAAUCCACAGCUCCAAGUUGAAGCCUUGCAAAAUCGUGUUGGUCCAGAAACUGAAAAUGUGUUUGAUGACAAUUUUUGGGAGAAUUUGACCGUAGUUAUCAAUGCUUUGGACAAUGUGAAUGCUAGGCUAUAUGUUGACCAAAGAUGCUUGUAUUUUCAGAAGCCACUUCUUGAAUCUGGAACUUUAGGUGCUAAAUGCAAUACACAAAUGGUUGUUCCUCACCUUACUGAAAAUUAUGGGGCCUCACGUGAUCCACCUGAGAAGCAAGCUCCUAUGUGCACUGUGCAUUCUUUUCCACACAACAUUGACCAUUGUCUGACUUGGGCUCGCUCUGAAUUUGAGGGUUUACUUGAGAAAACUCCAGCGGAAGUGAAUGCUUAUCUUUCGAACCCUGGUGAAUAUGCUUCGUCUAUGAGGAACGCUGGUGAUGCUCAGGCAAGGGAUACUUUGGAGCGUGUUCUUGAAUGCCUUGAAAGGGAAAGAUGCAAGACAUUUGAGGAUUGUAUCACUUGGGCUAGGCUAAAGUUCGAAGACUACUUUGCCAACCGUGUCAAACAGUUGACAUUUACUUUCCCUGAAGAUGCUCCAACCAGUACUGGAGCUCCAUUCUGGUCAGCGCCAAAGAGAUUUCCUCGUCCCUUGCAAUUUUCGUCGUCUGAUCCUUCUCAUCUUCACUAUAUUAUGGCUGCGUCAAUAUUACGAGCUGAAACAUUUGGAAUACCUAUUCCUGAUUGGGCUAAACAACCUAAGAAGCUGGCUGAUGCUGUUGACAAGGUUAUCGUUCCCGACUUUGAGCCAAAGAAGGAUGCAAAGAUUGUUACUGAUGAGAAGGCCACUAGCCUUUCUUCUUCUUCUAUAGAUGAUGCAGCAGUCAUUGAUGAACUUAUUAGUAAGUUGGAGAAUGCUCGGAAAGAUUUGCAGCCUGGUUACAGGAUGAAGCCAAUCCAGUUUGAGAAGGAUGAUGAUACGAACUUCCAUAUGGACCUCAUAGCUGCUCUAGCCAACAUGAGGGCAAGGAACUACAGCAUUCCUGAAGUUGAUAAAUUGAAGGCGAAGUUCAUUGCUGGAAGGAUCAUUCCUGCUAUUGCAACCUCAACUGCUAUGGCAACUGGUCUUGUGUGUUUGGAGCUAUACAAGGUUUUGGCUGGAGGGCAUAAGGUAGAGGACUACCGCAAUACAUUUGCUAAUUUGGCACUUCCUCUCUUCUCCAUGGCGGAACCAGUACCCCCAAAGGUCUUCAAGCAUCGGGAUAUGACCUGGACUGUUUGGGAUCGGUGGGUGUUGAAGGGAAAUCCAACGUUGAAGGAACUGAUUCAAUGGCUUAAAGAAAAGGGUCUCAACGCGUACAGCAUUUCCUGUGGAAGUUGCUUGCUGUUCAAUAGUAUGUUCCCCCGUCACAAAGAUAGGAUGGAUAAGAGGGUCGUGGAUCUUGCAAUGGAAGUGGCAAAGCUAGAAAUUCCUCCAUAUCGCCGCCAUUUGGAUGUCGUGGUGGCAUGUGAGGAUGAUGAUGAUAAUGAUAUUGACAUCCCCUUGGUGUCUGUAUACUUUCGAUGAGCAAAAUGAGCUUUUGUUCUGAUCCAUCCCUUUGCCGCGGAAACUUUGAUUGUGAGACAACAGUUUCAUCUGUAGCAUUUGGAAAUCUAUUUCAUGCACAAUGACCUGUUAUAUAGAGUCUAGACCCUAACUUUGAAUCCAAAGAGUUUAUGAUCAUCCUUUCGGUGUUUUGUAGUCGUUUCAUCUUUUAUGCAAACUCAUUUUAAACUUAUAAAGUCCAAUGGACGAGAUCAAUAUUUUUUUCUUCUA